GCACAAAAUAAGGAGGUGUGUCUGCUGGAGGGUUGUGUCCAGUUUUAAUUAUAUAUACACAGCUAGCUAGCUCAAGACUCUGGUCUACUUGCUUCUCCAUGGCUAGUCUACUUGAGAGGUUGGAGAAGGAAGGCUCUGCUCCACUGGAACCAUAUGGCCACCAAGUGGGAGGCCAUCAUCUCCUGGUCAAGUAUGGCAAUGAGUGUAUCUGCAAACCAAUGGACGAUAAAGAACGUGGUUUCUAUGAGAGCUUCUCACCAGAGCUGAGAAUAUUCACUCCUAGUUACUACGGAGUGAUGACUGUGUCUCUGAAGAGAUUGCCCUCAGGGGAGGUCCAGAUCACGGGUUACCCUCGGCAAUCGGCCACCUCUCCCAGCAAACAGUUCACCUGCUCUACUCAUGGUAGCAUUCUGGGUGGAGAAAACUCUAUUACCUCAAAAGCAACUAAUGGGGCUAGCUACGUGAAUCCAUGGAGUCAAGAGUUUGCUAAGAUUGUUGAGGAGAUGCUAGUCACCCAGGAGAAUGGGACCAACUCAUACAGCACAGACUAUGUAGUGCUGGAGAACCUGACGUCCAAGUUCUCCGCCCCCUCAGUAUUGGACCUCAAAGUGGGCACUAGGCAACACAGCGACACGGCAUCAGAGGAGAAGAUACGAAAACACUCGGAAACCUGCACCAACUCAACCUCUGGAUCCUUGGGUGUGCGCAUGUGUGGCAUGCAGAAAUAUGACGCUGCUAAGAAUGAAUACGUUUUCAGAGACAAGUACUAUGGUCGCAGUUUGAGUGAAGAUGGUUUCCGUGAAGAGUUGCGCUCCUUCCUUCACAACGGAGUGAGGUUCAGGUCUGAGUUACUGUCAGCCAUCAUUGGUACACUAGAGGAACUCGUGGACGUCAUCCAGAGACAGGAUUCAUAUCGCUUCUUCUCCAGCUCUCUACUCAUCAUUUAUGAUGGGGCCGAAGAAAGUGGGUGUAGCCUCACAUCAUCCCACCCAUACACACCACCACAAGGUCUAACGGACACGCGGAGAAUGGUUGAUAUCAGGAUGAUAGACUUCAACAAUUGUACAGCACCGGAUAAAGACAGCAACCGUUACCCUGGUCCUGACAGAGGAUAUCUACUGGGACUCCAUUCUAUCAUUGACACAUUCUCUAAGAUGCUUUGAAUUUUAUUAUUUAUACUUGUACAUUUUUUGUGUGUAUGUUCAUAUUUUGUUUAAACUCUUGACAUUAGUUUUAACCUUAAUAAUAUGUACAGAACUUUGUAAUUUGGUUGAGAGGAAGUUAAAAAAUUCAUCCAAAUUUUAAAUUUCCCAGACUAUUAAUAUUGUCACCAAUUACCAUAUGGAUAAAAAAUGAAUUGAUCUUUGAA